GCCCCCCCAGACUCCGUCCGUGCGGUGCUGGCGGUUCUGCCAUCUUCCCGAGGCGGUGUCUCCCGGAUCGGAACCAGGAGCUGCUCCCAGCCCGGGGCCGGCGGGAGGAGAUGCAGGGGGAGGACCGCGCGCCCGGGGGCCGCGGGCGCCUUGGAUGACGGCGAGUCCGCUCCCGGGCUCCCUGCGGGAACCGCCCCUUGCGGCCGCCCGGUCCUCCCGAGGAUCGUGGGGCGGGCUCGGCCGCGGGAGGCACUUCCAGCCGGGGAUCCGGCCCUGCCGAGCGCGGGCCGGGCGGGCGGCCGUGACCGGGCUCGGAGCCGCCCAGCGCCCGGGCAGCGUCCGGCCGGGCGGGCACCACGUGGGGCGCGCCAGCGGCGGCCAGAUGUGCCGGCCCGCGGCCCCGCGCACAGGCUCCCGCGCGCUCCCCGGCCGCGCCCGCCCCCGCGGCCCGCCGCCCUCCUAGAGGAAGCCCGGCCCCGCGGGGUCCCCGAGCGGCCCUCGGGCGAACGCCGCGCGGGAGGUUUGUCCCCGCGCGCGCACCGUCCCGCGCGGCCCCGGCGCUGGGCCCGGCGCGCGGCGAUGGGCGAGACCAUGUCCAAGAGGCUCAGGUUGCACCUGGGCGCCGAGGCGGAGAUGGAGGAGCGCGCGUUCCCCAACCGCUUCCCGGACUACGAGGCCGCCGCCUCCGCGGACGCCGCUGCCUCCGCCGCGGCCGAGGACACGGAAGGGGCUUGCCCCGCACCCGCCCCCGACGAGCUCGGCCUCCCCUUUCACGACGACGGGAAGAUCAUUCACACAUUCGCAAGGCGGGUCCAGACCAAAAUCAAAGAUCUGCUGCAGCAGAUGGAAGAAGGGCUGAGGACCGCGGACCCACACGACUGCUCUGCGUAUACGGGCUGGACAGGCAUAGCCCUGCUGUACCUGCAGUUGUACCGGGUGACGUGUGACCAGACGCACCUGCUGCGGUCCCUGGAUUACGUCAAGAGGACCCUUCGGAAUCUGAACGGCCGCCGGGUCACUUUCCUCUGCGGAGACGCUGGGCCGCUGGCCGUGGGCGCGGUGGUGUACCACAAACUCAGAAGUGACGGCGAGUCCCAGGACUGCAUCGCGAAACUUUUGCAGCUCCAGAGAUCCAUUGUCUGCCAAGAUUCGGACCUUCCGGACGAGCUGCUCUAUGGCCGGGCCGGGUAUCUGUACGCCCUCCUCUACCUGAACACGGAGAUCGGGCCAGGCACCGUGUGUGAGUCGGCCGUUAGAGAGGUCGUCACUGCUAUUAUUGAGUCGGGCAAGGCUCUGUCGAGGGAGGAGAGGAAGGCUGAGCGCUGCCCCCUGCUGUACCAGUGGCACAGGAAGCAGUACGUGGGGGCAGCCCACGGCAUGGCCGGGAUCUACUACAUGCUGAUGCAGCCAGCAGCAAAAGUGGACCAGGAAACCCUGGCCGAGAUGGUGAAGCCCAGCAUCGAUUACGUCCGCCACAAGCGCUUCCGCUCCGGGAACUACCCGUCGUCUCUGAGCAACGAAACAGACCGACUGGUCCACUGGUGCCACGGGGCCUCGGGGGUCAUCCACAUGCUGAUGCAAGCGUACAAGGUGUUCAGGGAGGAGAAGUACCUGAAGGACGCCAUGGAGUGCAGUGACGUGAUCUGGCAGCGCGGCCUGCUGCGCAAGGGCUACGGGCUCUGCCACGGCACAGCCGGCAAUGGCUACGCCUUCCUGUCCCUGUACCACCUCACCCAGGACAGGAAGUACCUCUACCGCGCUUGCAAGUUUGCAGAGUGGUGUCUGGACUAUGGCGCCCACGGGUGCCGCAUCCCCGACAGGCCCUAUUCACUCUUCGAAGGCAUGGCCGGCGCAAUCCACUUUCUCUCCGACGUCCUGGCUCCUGAGACAUCCCGGUUCCCGGCAUUUGAACUUAGCUCUUCGCAGACGGAUAAAAAGAUGUAAAAAGACUCCUAAGCGCCCCAUUCGGACCAAAAGCCAUGAGACUGCUCCGUGCCUGGCGGGGAACCAGCUGUGAAUCCCGAGGGGGAGGCGGAGAGCAGACAGGCGGGGCCCUGUGUGCAGUGACCCUGGACCUGGAGCCCAGUGGCAGCUCCCGUCCAGCCUGUCACGGCCCGCCCCCCCCCCCGCGGGCACGCCCACUCACACCCCGUUCUCACAGCGUCUGCAUGUCUCUUGGUGUUUGUUGUGUAGGUACCAGCUGUGCUCAGCAGAAAGCCCCCCGUGCCCUCGAGCGGUGCUGGCCCGGGACACGCGGCAGCCCCUUCCCUGUAAAUCACUUCCCAGCGGGAGCCUCGGGCAGAGGCCGGUGACACCCAGUGCUCGCACCCGCGCCGCCUCGCUGCUCCAGGACCGAGAGGCUGAGCAGAUACGGGCUCGGCCUUCCCACAAGGGUUUUGUGCUCACCUCGGUGUUUUUUGUUGUCGUUUUUUAAUUUUCUUUAAAUCCUUACCUGGGAUAUGUUUUUCUGGUUUUAGAGAGAGAGUAGAGAGAUUGCCUCCCACACGUGCCCUGAUGAGGACUCGAACUCGCAGCCUUUGGGUGUACAGGGCUGACGCUCCAACCACUGGGCCACCGGCCCGGGCUCGCCCUGGUGGCUUGAGAAGCCGGGCGCCUCGCUCUCCGGGCCGGUCCUCAGCGGAGUGGCCUCGGGACGGGCGGCCGUCCAGGUGAACCUUCCUGUGACCGCUGUGCGUCGGCCCCGAGCGUCCACAGUCCUGGGCCCGGUGCGUUACUGAAGCAGACGGCUCCCCUGUCCGUCGCGUUGUGUGUGUGUCUUGAAGUUCAGUGAAUAAAGGUCCAGAAGGCGACCGGCA